AGAUGAUUCCGAAUCGGCGGCACGGAAAAUAAUUCUUCCUUUCACAGCGAAAACUCGGUGUACGUGUUUGCAAAAGUUCCACUGUGAGAAUAACGUGUGCGAGCGUUAACAACGUUGCCAAAGAAAGUGCAACCCCAUUCACCGGUUUUGAAAAAAGGACGGAAAUUUCGCUUGCACGAUUGGUUCGGUUUUGACCACCAAUGUAUGGUUCACCCGCCCCUCCACAUAACGCUGGAAAAACGCGAAAAACGACCAAGUGUAGCCGCAUAGAGUGAGGUUAUUUUACGACAGAACCACUUCACAAGAAACUCGUGUUCUCUGUGUUCGUUUGCCAGCGCCAGCAAGUGAGCCAGUGAGAUGAGUGUACCACUGGCAGGUGGCAAGGUGUGACGGUCAACAGCAGCAGCAUCUCAUCGUCGUGUGUUGUGCCAGUGAGGCUGAAGAAAGGCUGACCAUUACCGUUUGUGCAUAUAAAAGCUGUUCGUUUGGCCGAAUGCAAAACAGUGCGCGAGAUUCUGUGUUCCCGUGUGAAAAGUCCGUCCGUUGUGAUUAAACCAAAAUUUCACGGGCAAUCCGUAGGAAACCGUGAGCCAAACCCGGGUGAGAUGAGCGGCAACGUUCUUGCAUUGCUCGAUCGCGUUACAUAAAAGCACUCAGCGGCAGCUGGCUCACGCAUUUUGCUACUGGUGUGAGACGGGAAAAUCUGCACACGGAACCCCUCCCCCCCUUAAACCCAUGAGUUAUCUCAGCUCAGAAGUGAGAACGGUGUGUGAGAAGUGAGCAGUGCUUCGGUUGUUGUGUGUUGAUAGGUGUUGUUGCAUACCCGUUGUGUUGUGUUGCUGCGUGUGAUGCGUGUGAUUUGUGUGGAGCCGAUGAAAAAUCCGUGCUGUAAACGUUUCAGCGUACAGUGGUGUUUGCUGUAGGAAAGAAGAAAUAAAAUUUAACGCUUUUGCUUACUUACCUUAAAGAGGAAAAAAAUAGUUCUACCAAGAAGGCACAUUGAACAUAACCUUGCGAAGCUCUCACACCCGAAGAAGAAUUAACCUUUAAUUCAAGGGUGAAAGGAAACGCUUCCAAACGUAGGAAUCGGCACCCCGAAAUACUACGCCUUGCGGUGCGGGACAGAGAAAGGCAACACCUUCCCAGACGUUGGGUUGCCCACAUUUCCGGCCAACAUCCGGCGAGCCUGAAAAACGCUGUGAACGUCGUGCGUCAUCGCCCCAUCGUCGUGUUCGUCGUCGUCGCUGCCCCGGUCAGCCCGGAAAAGCCGUCAAACUGGAGCGACUUCCAGAAUAUCUGCGCGACACGGUGGACUGGUUUAUGGGAAAAGCCCGACGCAAGGAACGAGACGGAGAUUCGAAUCAGGGCGACACAAAGCUUUACCUCGAGGAAGGUUUAUUAGAGCGGAAGCUACCCGAUGCAGACUUGCGGUUAUUAGUGGAUCUACCUGCCGGUCUCGACUACAACGAAUGGCUAGCAUCGCACACACUUGCGCUGUUCGAGCACGUCAACCUCGUGUACGGUACCAUCAGUGAAUUCUGCACUACAUCCGGCUGUCCAGACAUGACCGGUCCAGGAACUAGGAUGUACCUCUGGUUCGACGAGAAGGGCAAAAAGACCCGGGUGGCGGCCCCACAGUACAUCGACUAUGUGAUGACGUUUACGCAGAAGACGGUCAGCGAUGAGUCGAUCUUUCCCACCAAAUAUGCCAAUGAGUUCCCUAGUUCGUUCGAGAGCAUCGCUAGAAAAAUCGUACGAUUGUUGUUUCAUGUGAUUGCGCACCUGUACGCAGCCCAUUUCCGCGAGGUUGCCCUGCUAGGGUUGCACGCGCAUCUUAACCUCACCUUCGCGCAUCUAACCGCGUUCCAUAGGCGAUUUAAUCUGAUAGAAUCCAAAGAAACGGAAGUUUUGCGCGAUCUGGAGAUUGCGCUCCGCCUGACGGACGAUCCGACGGCCCCGGCGGCGGUCACCGACGGCAAGGCGGACAGUAGUGCCUCGAUCGCGUCCACGACCUCGGCCUCGACCGGUACGACCAACACGUGCUCGUCGUCGUCCACGUCUUCGACCGCUUCCUGUUCGCCGCCGCUACUCCUAACCGCCGCCGCUGCAGCCGCCUCCAACGCCGUGCCGUCCAACAACGGUGCGGUGAACAACAGUUGCAACACCCCCUCCCAGCUAUCCUCCUCCAACACCUGCAGUGCGGACAACAAUAAUAGCAGUAGUAGUGAGAGUGGGCACGCGACCACCAACACCGUCCUCAAUCAUGCGCUGAUCGAUGGGGAUGCGACGGCCCAGCCGAUCUGCAAGCAGCCGCUCGAAUCGGGCAGCGUUGUAAAUAGUAAUAGUCAUAAUAAUCACCCGCAUCACCAUCAUCACCACCAUCACCACCAUCCCGGUGGUGGCGGCAAGGUGGAACCGUGUGCGACCGGUGGUGGAAGCGGCAGCAGCACGGGCAGCGUCGGUGUAACCGGUUGCGGUGUGGGUUAUAGUGUCGGUGGUGGUGGGGGAGGUGGUGGCGGUGGAGGACAUUCAGGGGGGCCAAGUUCCCAGCAGUCGUCCAACACGCAGACAACGGCAUAGUGGAUACGUUGGACCGCGAGUGUUGGGGCCGGCGCCGGAACCAUGUUCCUGCUGGGCGGGGCGGCGUGCUGUGGAGCCCUCCAGGUGCCCACCCAAAUCUGACCAAAAUGUGAUCUUAAAACAAAACAAAACAACAUACAAAAAAAGGAAACAUUGCAAAGGGGAACGAAUGAUGGUAGCAAACGUAUAGACACACACCACAUACACCAGGGUAGAGGCAAAAGUAGAUGGCCACCUGAAAGAUGCGACGACUGUGGUGUGUGUGACGCUGUGAAUGGUGUGUGGCAUGGGGAAUUGUUAGUUUGUUCCCAAAUCUUUUUGCCUUUUAUCCGUUUUUAUCAGAACACAUGCACCCAACCACAUCCAGACAGACUUACACACACGCAUAGAGUCACAUUGGCUUUGGAAUCACAAAACCACACAGAACAGAACACAGAGGCGUUGCGUCAAUCUUACUUGUUUUUUUUUAUGACACUAGGUAUCAUUUUUAAGCGUAGAAUUUGUGAAUGGUUGCUCCCGAGAAUGGCUAAUCUAUCUGUGUACGUAUGUAUUACUGUUCAAGCCCAAUUUAGCGAAGCGUCCUGUAAACUUUGAAGCCUCCUCGGAGAGGCAUAGUAGUUUUAACUGCAUAUGAGUUACGAACAACUACUGCACUUCCACAGUGGAGUUUUCUUUUGAACAGUUUUUUUUUGCGUUGUGAUAACGUGUUAUUUUUGUUUUUCUUUUUACUGCUGUUUGAUGAUCAACUUUAACAUAAAUUAUUUUCAAGUAUUUCCCUUUAUU